CCGACUGUUAUCGACGUGGGCAUAUAUGUCAACAGCAUCGGACCCGUGUCGUCCAUCGAUAUGGAAUAUCAGAUCGAUAUCAUCUUUGCCCAGACCUGGGUGGACACCCGGCUGCGGUACAACAGCAGCAGCAUGCGGAUUUUGACCCUCAACAGCAACAUGGUUGGACUCAUCUGGCUUCCCGACACCAUCUUCAGGAACUCCAAGAACGCCGACUCUCAUUGGAUUACCACCCCCAAUCAGCUUCUGAGGAUCUGGAACAACGGGAAGAUACUCUACACACUUAGGAUGACCAUCAACGCAGAGUGCCAGCUGCAACUCCAUAAUUUCCCGAUGGACGAGCACUCCUGUCCUCUCGUCUUCUCCAGCUACGGCUACCCACGAGACGAGAUCGUGUACAAGUGGAGGCGGAACUCGGUGGAAACAUCAGACAAGAAGUACUGGAGGCUGUACCAGUUUGACUUCAUGGGGCUGAGAAACACAACGGACAUCCUCACAACGACUGCAGGUGACUAUGUCCUGAUGACUGUGUACUUUGACCUCAGUAGGAGGAUGGGUUACUUCACCAUUCAGACCUAUAUCCCCUGUAUCCUCACCGUGGUCCUGUCCUGGGUCUCCUUCUGGAUCAAGAGUGACGCCACGCCCGCCAGGACUGCCUUAGGUAUCACCACAGUGCUGACCAUGACCACCCUGAGCACGGUGGCCAGGAACUCAUUGCCCAGAGUGUCCUACGUGACCGCCAUGGACCUAUUCGUCACCGUCUGCUUCCUGUUCGUCUUCGCGGCCAUGAUAGAGUACGCCAUGCUCAACUACUACUCCUACAGCGCGCAGAGGCCUCCGGCCAGAGCCCAGAGGAUGGCCUACGCAGCUCUCAACAUGGGUCGCGCCCCGAGGUCGACGCUGCCCAUCGGCAACUCCCUUUUCUGGCACGACUACGACGACAGCUGCCUGUACGAGUGCCUGGACGGGAAGGACUGCAAGAGCUUCUUCUGCUGCUACGAGGAGUGUAAAGAAGGGGGCUGGAGAAAAGGACGGAUCCACGUCAACAUCCACGAGCUGGACUCCUACUCCAGGGUCUUCUUCCCCACCUCUUUCCUGCUCUUUAACAUUGUGUACUGGGUCAGCUACCUGUACCUCUAG